GUAAGUUAUGUUUGGGGUUGAAGGGCUUUUUUUCCAUGAAGUCAGCCUCAUGUAAAGGAAUUGCUGACAGCUCCACGUGUAUAAUGGAUGAAGCGUUAUUUCAUGUCAGUGCGGAUGAAGCGUGAAGCUGAUCUCAGAUCAGAUCAGAUCAGAUUCGUCAUUCAAACCAGGAAAUUGUGGCUUGUUCUGAGCAGCAGUCAGAGAAGCGGAUGCCUGUGAGUACUUCACCUCACAUGCCUUUUGUAUGACUGUGGCUUGUUUUUUUCUAACGCGAGUGACCAGAUCAUCUCGUAACAAUGAGUGAGGUGAGCUUGUGCCAGGCGCGUGCUACUGUCAUGAUGUACGAUGACGCCGGGAAGCGCUGGGUCCCUGCUGGCACUGGAGGUCAGGCUGUGAGCAGAGUGCACAUCUUCCAAAACCCUGUGAACAACACCUUCAGAGUGGUGGGCCGAAAACUGCAGCCUGAUCAGCAGGUUGUCAUUAACUGCCCCCUUGUGAGAGGUAUAAAGUACAAUCAGGCCACUCCAAAUUUCCACCAGUGGCGAGAUGCACGGCAGGUGUGGGGCCUAAAUUUCGGCAGUAAGGAAGAAGCUACACAGUUUGCUAACACCAUGAUGCAUACAUUAGAUGUGCUCAGCGGCGCAGCUCCACCUCGGCCUCCACCAAAUGGACCUAGUGUUGAAGAGCAGCAGAGACUUCAGGAGCAGCAGGAGAGAGAGAGACAGGAACAGGAACGGCUAGAAAGGCAGAGACAGGCAGCCGCUGCACCAGCUGCACCUCCAGCUCCUCCUCCAGCUGCAGCUCCUCCUCCCCCUGGAGUUCCUCCUCCGCCUGGUCCUCCGCCACCUCCCGGUCCUCCCCCAGCUCCACCGCCACCACCCUCUGGUGGGGCUCCACCUGCACCGCCACCACCACCUUCAGGAGGAGGGGGAGGAGGUGGCAUUGGUGGAGAUGGAGGACUAGCAGCAGCUCUCUCUGGGGCUAAACUCCGCAAAGUGUCCAAGGAGGAGAGUGGAUCUGCUGCUCCAGCACCAAAAGAGAGCAGCCAGAGCUCUGGAGGAGGAGGAGGAGGUGGAGGAUUGAUGGGUGAGAUGAGUGCACUUCUUGCAAAAAGGCGCAAGGCUACAGAUAGCCCAGUGGUGAAAAAAGAAGAUAACAAUGACAAUUCAGCCUCCUCAGAGAGCAAAUCAGAAGUUUGCAAGCCUUGGGAGAAGUCCAGUACCCUCCCACGAAGUAAUUCUGGUCCCAAGGGUCUUGAUAAGAGCCCUGCUCCAGCAUCAGCUCCAUUAAAUAGGCAAAGGCCAGGCAGUAACGUGAGUGACACAGCCGCCAAAGAGAGCAUUGAUAUGGAGAAGUUAAAGCAGGAAAUCCUGGAGGAGGUGCGCAAGGAACUGCAGAAAGUUAAGGAUGAAAUUAUUGGAGCAUUUAUAGAAGAGUUGCAGAAGAGAGACGCCCCCUAGCGUUAAAAUGAUGAAACAGCUUCUGCUUUGCAAUGCAAUAAAAAGUCUAGUGUUGCACAUACACCCAUUUAUGCAAAUUCUUGCAAAAAGGCAUUUCUCUCAUUUUCAGCUACCCAACUGUACUAUACUGAUGUCUCAUAUUUACAAAUGGUGAAAAAACUAAAGGAAAAAACAACAUAGUGUGUCUCAGUACGGUGUUAAGUCACCACAAGCUGCCAGAGGAGCUUUGGUGCACCUUGGCACACGUUCUACAAAUCUCUGGAACUGUACUUGAGGGAUGAACACCAUUCUUCAAGUGGACUCAAUUCAGGCCAGCAAAAUGCUUCUUACACCAUAACAGAGAUUGUUUUUUUAUUUACUCUGUCACCUGUCUGCAAAAUUCUCCAAUAUUCUAUAUCUUUGCUUAUUUUUACAUGUAUCUCUUUUUCUAAUAUUUUAAGGUUUUCAUAUACAUCUAAAAACAUGCUUAUCAUCAGAGAGGCACAUUAUCUUUAUAUCAUACAUCAUACAUCCAAAAGAUCCAUCUUAUCUUAGGCCUUUCAGUGAAGUGUUCUGUACAUCUACAUAACUGAAAUGACAAGAAAAAGGUUUCUCAGCAUUCUUGGUUAUUACAUUAUGUUAUUGUGUUAUUUUAUUCAGUUGUUACUUUAACUGAAAAUAAUAAUGAAGGUUGUUAAUGUGAGAAAUUUAUUAAGUUAACUUUUAUGCAGUUAGUGUUGUGUAUGUUUAUAAUGAAGAACUUUUGCUGGUGGAAAGUGAGCUGUGCGUGUGGUGAUGAAUUGUGGGUGAAUGUCAUCUUGCUGAAUUUUUUUUUUCCUGCCUCAGGGAUUAGCAGAUGCUAAUGAAUGUGUACAUUUACACAUUUAAUUUUUAUAUUUUUAAAUUACAAAAUGAUUUGUUGCUCAUGCUACUGCUGUGUUUGCUUUUUGUGUUUUUAUGUGCCUUUAUGUUUUUUAUGCGAAAAAAAAUGAUUACUAAAGACUUUGUGUUUGAAAAGUGGGCUGUAUUUUCAAACUUUGGUAAUAUUAUUGUUCAGUGGUACUGUUCAACAUCUUGAGAUUUGAUGUGAUUAAUUUGAGUAGAGAUACAAUCUUUUAUUUAAGGGGUUCUGAAAUACAACCACAAUUUAUACCAA